UCUCUAACCCAUGAUCCAAAUAUAUCCACCCGACCCACCAAAACAUUUUCUUCUCCAAAACAGAGGCAGAAUUUUGCGAAGAAUCCCCUUUUCCUUUGUGCGAAACAAGUUUUACUCUCUCAACUUCGUCACCUAAAAUUCCAUCUCCGGCCGCCGCUACUGCCGCCGUCUUCUUGGCAUUCCUUUGAGAUUCCGAUAAGUUUUUGAGUGUUUCUGUUAUUUGCAAUGGAGAAGGAUAGGUAUGAUAGGGAAGAUGAUGCUUCCAGAGAACGCUGGGAUGGAGGAGCUUACAUUGAUGAAUUAGAGCAAAAUGACAAGCAUCAAAGUAAGGACAAGAAGAAGAGCAGUCGAGAAGAAGAAAAGGAUUACAGAAGUAGGGAUAGAGAACGGGACCGUUCUAAGAGAAGCAGCGAUGAGGUCUUGAAAGAAAGGGAGAAAGAGUCUUUGGAAAAGGAUAGAGUGUCGACCAGGGAUAGGAGGAAGGAUGAUAGAGAUGAGCAUGGGAAGGACAGAAGUAGAGAUAGUAAGGUAAGGGAAAAAGAAAAAGAUUAUGACAGGGAUAAGUAUAGAGAAAAAGAACAUGAGCGCGAGAGAGAGAAGGAUCGAAGGGAUCGAGGAAAGGAAAAGGACAAGGAAAGGGACAGAGUGUCUGAAAAGGAGAGGGGAAAGGAUAAAGGUAGAGAUAGGGAUAGAGAAAAGGAAAAGGAAGGAGACAAGGCAAAGGAAUGGGAAAAGGAGAGAGAGAAACUUAAGGAUCGAGAGAACAAGAGGGAAGGUGACAAGGAUAGGGAUAGAGAGAAGGGAAAGGAGAGAAGUAAACAUAAAAAUAGAGAGGCAGACCUAGAGAAGGAGAGAUCAAGAGAUAGGGAUAAUACAGUGAAGAUAAACCGUGAUGAAGAUUAUGAAGGAAGCAGUGAUGGAGAGGUUGCAUUAGACUAUGAAGAGCAUAGGGAAAAGGAUGAAGCUGAAUUGAGUGCUGGAAGCAAUGCAGGUGUACUGCAGGCAUCUUCAUCAGAGCUUAAGGAGCGCAUUAUGAGAAUGAAAGAAGAAAGAUUGAAGAAGAAAUCUGAAGCUGUUUCAGAGGUUUCAGCAUGGGUUGGUAGAAGUCGUAAGCUUGAGGAGAAAAGGAAUGCUGGAAAGGAGAAAGCCUUGCAGCUUUCAAAGAUUUUUGAGGAGCAGGAUAAUUUCAUUCAGGAGGAAAAUGAAGAUGAGGAGGCUAAUAAUCACACUACUCAUGAUCUAGCAGGGGUUAAAGUUCUUCAUGGCCUUGACAAAGUGAUGGAUGGUGGAGCAGUUGUUUUGACACUCAAAGAUCAGAGUAUACUUUCUAAUGGUGACAUUAAUGAAGAUGUUGAUAUGCUCGAAAAUAUUGAAAUUGGAGAGCAGAAGCGGCGGGAUGAGGCUUACAAGGCUGCAAAGAAGAAAACCGGAGUUUAUGAUGACAAGUUCAAUGAUGAGCCUGGUUCAGAGAAAAAAAUACUGCCACAAUAUGAUGAUCCUCUUGUGGAUGAGGGGGUAACUCUGGAUGAAAGGGGGCACUUUACUGUUGAAGCAGAAAAGAAAUUAGAGGAGCUCCGGAAAAGGUUACAAGGCGUUCCUACGAAUAACCGUGUUGAAGAUCUUAACAAUGCUGGGAAGAUUUCAUCAGAUUAUUAUACCCAAGAGGAAAUGCUUCGAUUUAAAAAGCCCAAAAAGAAGAAAGCUUUGCGGAAGAAAGAGAAGUUGGAUAUAGAUGCCCUUGAAGCAGAAGCUAUCUCUGCAGGGCUGGGUGCUGGAGAUCUUGGUUCUAGAAAUGAUGCUAGAAGACAAGCAAUUAGAGAGGAGGAGGCCAGAUCUGAGGCUGAAAAGAGAAGUAAUGCAUACCAAGCAGCAUAUGCCAAAGCAGAUGAGGCAUCUAAAUCACUGCGGCUUGAACAAACUCUUAUUGUCAAACCUGAGGAAGAUGAAAAUCAAGUGUUUGCUGAUGAUGAAGAGGAUCUUUAUAAAUCCCUUGAAAGAGCAAGGAAAUUAGCUCUUAAAAAGCAAGAAAAAUCAGGUCCUCAAGCUGUUGCGCUCCUUGCUACCACAACUGCUAGCAGUCAAACUGCAGAUGAUCAAAAUAUCUCAACUGGAGAGGCACAAGAAAACAAGGUUGUAAUCACAGAGAUGGAGGAGUUUGUAUGGGGUCUUCAGCUUGAGGAAGAAGCCCAUAAGCCUGACAGUGAAGAUGUUUUCAUGGAUGAGGAUGAAGUGCCGGGAGCCUCUGAACUAGAUAGGGAAAAUGGAGAAAAUGAGGUGGGUGGAUGGACAGAAGUUGUUGAUACUAGUGCAGAUGAAAAGCCUGCUAAUGAGGACAAGGAUGAGAUUGUUCCAGAUGAAACCAUUCAUGAAGUUGCAGUUGGUAAAGGAUUAUCGGGUGCACUGAAGCUGCUUAAAGAUCGAGGAACGCUUAAGGAAGGUAUUGACUGGGGUGGCCGGAACAUGGACAAGAAAAAGAGCAAACUUAUUGGCAUUGUAGAUGAUGAUCGUCAAAGUGAUAGAUUUAAAGAUAUUCGCAUUGAGAGGACAGAUGAAUUUGGUCGAAUUAUGACUCCCAAGGAAGCCUUCCGGAUAAUUUCUCAUAAAUUUCAUGGUAAGGGGCCAGGCAAAAUGAAGCAAGAGAAACGGAUGAAGCAAUAUCAGGAAGAAUUGAAGCUAAAGCAAAUGAAAAAUUCAGAUACACCUUCACUUUCAGUGGAGAGGAUGAGGGAAGCUCAAGCUCAGCUGAAAACACCCUACCUUGUCCUUAGUGGUCAUGUCAAACCAGGGCAAACAAGUGAUCCUACAAGUGGCUUUGCCACUGUUGAGAAGGAUUUUCCAGGAGGGUUGACACCUAUGCUUGGCGAUAGAAAGGUAGAGCAUUUCUUGGGAAUCAAGCGCAAGGCUGAGCCAGGGAAUUCAAGCACACCGAAGAAGCCCAAAACUUGAAAUUUGGAUUUUUUUUUAAUGAUAUUUUAAGCUGGCAUGAAUGCUGGUAAGAAGUUAUGUUGGGAUAUUAAUUACCGUGAUGGUGCAAUUUUCAUACGAAGAGACUGAUUUUGCCCAUUCUUGAGGCGAUGACCAUCGUUGUCUUGUGGAGCUUGCUGCAAAUAAGUCUCGUAGUUUCAAAAUACAUGAUAAUGGUAUUUUUUUUUCCUCAUUUUAUAUUUUUGGCAGAAUGUUUGUCAGCUGGAGUCAUAACAUAAAGCGUCGUUCAGCUUGAGAUGCUUGUUAUCUUCACUUUAUAUUCAUUGUUACAAACAGUUUAAAAUCUGCAAGGGAAAAUAUUUGCAUUAGAGAAUAGCGUUUGUGAGUACAGUAUACUAGUAAACAGAAGCUGAAGCAUAGAAUCCUAUAUUCCUAUACAGUAUUAUAAGGAAUUAUACGAUUAAGUUGCUGAGUAAAACAAAAUUAUUGGUUUACCUAUUACUAUGAUCCUUGAAAGUUGAAUCCACCAUUCAUGAUAUGGAUGAAACCCAUGAAAAAUGAUGCUUCUCUUUGCUAGGAUCAUCUGCAAAUGCAUUACAAACUCCAUAGGCUCAGACUUGAUAUGGGGGAGAUGAGCCUUGAUCCUCAUUCCCCCACGUAGCAGAAGCAAGACUGACCAAGUUUCCCAAUUGAAUCCUCUUUUCAUUUUCUCUCUUACCGACCCCUACCCCCCACUUCCCGCUAAAAUUUGGCCAUUGCAGCAUUCAACUCCUCACAGCACUUUUUUAGUAUUUUAAAACAUGGCAGGAUACGUACGAAUUGCACUAGCCACUCCUUUAAGCUAAAUUUCCUUACCUCCUUUUGAUAUAUGUUUGCUAAAUUCAUUUUCUGCCCAAUUGCUU